UAUUCUCAAAAAAUAAUUAUUUUUAUUAAACCCCACACGCAAUCUCAGAGUGGUAGACAACCUGCUCUCCGCCCUCUGCAACUCUUCUCCCAUAAUUCAAAGCGCAUUCCUUUCUGUCGGUAAGAGUGUGCUUCUUUUGCGCGUGUCCCGUUCUCUUCUCCAAUCCAAUAUCUACAUACAUACUCUAUACUUACACUAGAUGGAGGUUAAGCUAUGGAACGACAAGCGCGAAAGGGAGAUGUAUGAGAAUUUUGCCGAGCUCUUUGCGAUUAUAAAGGCAACCGAGAAGCUCGAGAAAGCUUAUGUGCGGGACGUAAUAUCUCCUGCUGAGUAUGAGCUUGAAUGCCAAAAGUUGAUUGCCCAUUUCAAAACGCUGUCUUCCACGUUGAAGGACAUUGUACCCAGCAUUGAGAGGUUCCAUGAUACUUACAAGAUGGAUUGCCCUGCAGCCAUGAACCGCCUCGUGACAUCUGGGGUUCCUGCAACCGUCGAGCACAGGGCUGCUGCUGCGAUGACAAAUAAUACAUCCGCUGCGAUUGUGGCUGAGUGUGUUCAGAACUUUAUUACUGCUAUGGACUCGUUGAAGCUAAACAUGGUUGCUGUUGAUCAGGUCCACCCAUUGUUGUCUGAUCUCUCCGCUUCUCUCAAUAAGCUUUCAAUAUUGCCACCUGAUUUUGAGGGGAAGACAAAGAUGAGAGACUGGAUUGCCAGGCUAUCGAAGAUGGGUGCUGCAGAUGAGCUUACUGAGCAGCAGGCUCGACAGCUGCACUUCGACCUGGAAUCAUCUUACAACUCAUUCAUGGCAGCACUUCCAACUGCAGGGACAUAGUUGUUUGGCUGAGGCAAGGUUGUACAUAUAUCGGUACAUUUGUUUUCAAGUCUACUAUAUUUAAUAUGUAUGUUUGCAUUUCUGAGUAGAAUCUUGGUCGAAGCAAGUAUUGUUCAGCACAGGGUUGCUGAUAUUUUGAUCCUAUUCCGUGCUAAAGAGUAGAUGUUUUUUAUUAAUAUGAAGUGUUUUCUGAUGGAAUACACUCGUCCUUCAUUAUGCAAUGGAAGUAUUAGAAAUUUGAUUGCA